AAUUCAUGGCCUUAGGUAACCACUGGCCUAACACGAGUUUUUCUCUCAUCCUAGAAAGAGCAAAACCACAAUCAACCAAAGAGGAGAAGGAGAAGCAAGAAAACAAGUUAGGAAUUGGGAUUGAAUUGUUUUGUGCAUUUAGCAAUAGAGAUCUUGCAAGCUUUGAGAGUGAAUCAAGUUGUAUGAAACAUUGUUGAGAAAUUUUGUCUGAGGGAAAGGAGAGAGUAUAAGAUAUGGCAGCUCAAGGAGAGGAUCUCAACCUCGAAGCGACGGAGCUCAGAUUAGGGCUACCGGGCACGGUCGAGUCGGAGAAGCAGCAAGCGCCUUUGAGUGGGCGGAGCAUGAAGAGGAAUUUAAUUGAUGUGAACAAUGAGUACGGGUCCAAUGAGGAGGAGUCCAAUGGGUCGAGUGCCCAAAAAUGCGAUAAGCAAGAUGUGCAUCGGCCAUCUAAGGCACAAGUCGUGGGGUGGCCGCCGGUCCGAUCCUACCGAAAGAACUGCUUCCAAAAGAAGGCGGAGGGCGAGUCGACCGGGGUUUUCAUCAAAGUGAGCAUGGAUGGGGCUCCAUACCUGAGGAAGAUUGAUCUGAAGCCCUACAAGGGCUAUUCAGAUCUACUCAAGGAUUUGCAGGACAUGUUCAAGUUCAAAGUUGGUGAUUACUGUGAGAGAGAAGGGUACAAUGGAUCAGAGUUUGUACCCACCUAUGAAGAUAAAGAUGGUGAUUGGAUGCUAGUUGGAGAUGUUCCAUGGAACAUGUUCAUCACUUCUUGCAAGAGGCUUAGAAUCAUGAAAGGGUCAUCAGAGGUUUAAAAGGGCUCGAAAAAUUUGAUGGGCAUGGCCUUGCUGCUUUAAUCAAGAAGACAGGGCUUUCCAAAGCUUGGGCUAUCGGAGAUUUGAAUCUGGGAACAUGAUUUUAGUUUUAUGCCUCUCCCAAAUGUAAUUAUGG